CAGAAUGACUCCGCUCUAAAGUAAUGCUUCGAGGCCCUCAAUGCUAGCUAACAACCAUUUAGCUUUCUAGCUUUCGACUCUAUACUUAGCAUGCAUACUAGCAACGGAUAUGCUGGCUUGAAUUUUGCUUGCCAUUGACGCGGCACAUGCGAAAGGGGGGGCUCCUUCAAACACGUUUGCGUAAUGAAUUUCCUAGGUGAGCACUAUCCUACAUCAAGGAAUAUAACUCACAUUCGGCUUGGCUGCACAUGCCGUACCGUUCGGUAAGUACUUGUGGUAAUUGUUGUGAUUUGCUCCACCACUGUCAAACGUUGUGCGAGACUUGAUCCUGACGUACCAUGCAUUCCGUACAUGCGCAAGGCCUCCCUUGCGUGUUCGGUGGUUGUAGUAGAUCGUUGUAAACGACGUCUCUAGUCAUGGAUAUAAAGCAUCCCACGCCGUCGUACAUGUACCCUACAAGCACAGAGGCGAAGAGUCGCCAUUCCCCUCCAAUGGCUAUUCAAACUUUGUCCACUUUCACUGGUCCAGUGUCGGACCACCAACUGUCUCGCGAUGCUCAUCGCGCUCCGCCUGUUCUGAACAUCAUCGACAUCCGCCGUGAUGCUGAUGAGUUUGACAUUCUCGAUUGCAUCCAUACAGGGCUUCGCCCAGCAGAUGGCGGCAAGAAGACCAUGCCAACCUUGUUGUUGUAUGACGAGGAGGGCCUGAAGCUCUUUGAAAAAAUAACAUAUCUCGACGAGUACUAUCUCACGAAUGCUGAAAUCGAGGUCCUGAGCCUGUAUGCCGAUCGUAUAGCUCAACGUAUACAGCCCCAUUCGAUUAUAUUGGAGCUUGGAAGCGGCAACCUACGAAAGGUCAACAUUCUUCUGCAAGCCCUCGAGAGAGCUGGAAAAGAAGUUGAAUACUUUGCACUAGAUCUCAACCUAGCUGAGCUGGAACGCACAUUGAGCGACAUACGCCCCGGAACAUACAAGCACGUCAGAUGCUCUGCUCUCCACGGUACUUAUAAUGACGGUCUCGAAUGGCUGAAACGGCCUUCCAUGUCCUCGAAACCCAAAACGGUCCUUUCACUAGGCUCGAGUCUAGGCAACUUCAAAAGAAGUGAAGCAGCUUCCUUCUUGGACGAUUUCUGUCAGGUACUGCAACCUGGGGACAAUAUGCUCAUUGGAAUCGACGCAUGCAAAGAUGCUCCAAAGGUAUAUCGCGCCUACAACGACGAUAGUAAUGUCACCCACCAAUUCACCUUGAAUGGGUUGAAGCACGCCAAUCAGUUGUUAGGCAGUAAAGGGUCAUUCAAUCUGGACGAAUGGGAGGCUGUGGGCGUGUACGAAGAAGCGUAUGGACGUCAUGCUGCUUUUGUGGCGCCUACAAAAGACGUGAUUGUUGAUGGUGUCGCAGUCAUCAAGGGAGAGCGCAUCCGUAUUGAAGAGAGCCAUAAGUAUUCAGCAUCAGAGACCGAGAAGCUUUGGCAAGGCACCGGAUUUCUGGAAUCAGCACAGUGGCGAAAUGGGGCUGGCUUCUAUGGCUUGCAUCUCGUAUCCAAGCCACGUGUAUUCUUCCCCAUGGAUCCUGAGACAUAUGCGGCGCGACCCGUCCCCACUUUGCGGGAAUGGGACGAGCUAUGGAAGAUGUGGGAUCUUGUCACGCGCGAGAUGAUUCCUGGGACCGAAUUGCUAUCGAAGCCUAUCGAGCUGCGCAACGUCUGCCUUUUCUAUCUUGGCCACAUUCCAACUUUCCUUGACAUUCAUCUAACUCGUGCAACCGCUGAUCGGCCGACCGAGCCGGCCUACUAUCAAAAGAUAUUCGAACGAGGUAUCGACCCGGAUGUCGACAACCCGGAAAAGUGUCACGCACAUAGCGAGAUUCCUGACGAGUGGCCGCCUGCCGAGGAGGUCAUCGAGUACCAGGCUAGGGUCCGCUCGAGAGUGCGGCAACUCUACCAAACUGGACAGUCUGAGAAUGACUCUCUGGUCCGACGGGCAUUAUGGUUUGGAUACGAACAUGAAAUAAUGCACCUAGAGACGCUCUUGUACAUGCUGAUUCAAAGCAACAAGACACGCCCACCUCCCGUGACUCCUGCUCCAGAUUUUGAGGCGCUUGCCGCACAAGCUCAAGCUGCAGCAGUGCCAAACCAGUGGUUUAAAGUUCCCGAGGCCACCAUUACCCUUGGCCUAGAUGAUGCACAUAGAACUGGAGACCCGUCGCGCUAUUACGGAUGGGAUGUCGAGGUACCGAGCCGUAGAACAAACGUCAAAGCUUUCGAGGCAAAGGCUCGACCCAUCACUAACGGCGAAUACGCCGAUUAUCUUACAGCGACCCAAAGUGGCAAGAUUCCUGCGUCGUGGGCCACUGACGGUGACCCUCUGGCUAAGGGAACAAUCGAUCGGUACGUCCGUACGGUAUACGGUAACGUUCCUCUGAAGUAUGUCCUUGACUGGCCUGUCUCCGCGUCCUACGAUGAAGUCGCCGCAUGCGCUCAGUGGAUGGGUGGGCGCAUCCCAUCAGAGGAGGAAGUGCGAAGUAUCUAUGCGUAUGUAGAUCACAAGACACGUGAAGCUAAUAAGAAUCUGGCAAAUACUAUUCCUGCCGUGAAUGGUCAUCUCUCAAACAACGGCGUCCAGGAGACGCCACCAUCAGAGACCAAUUCGAACGGCUUCUCCGAUGGUGUGCACCGGACAGACCCCAAGGAACUCUUCGUUACUCUCAGUGGGGCGAACGUCGGCUUUAAGCAUUGGCACCCAACAGCCGUUGCCGCCAACGGUGACAGACUUUCCGGUCAGGGUGACUUUGGAGGUCUUUGGGAGUGGACGAGCACAGUGUUAAUGGGACAUGAAGGCUACGAGCCUAUGGAUAUAUAUCCUGGCUACUCCGCCGACUUCUUUGACGGUAAGCAUAACAUCGUUCUAGGUGGAUCUUGGGCUACUCAUCCAAGGCUUGCCGGGCGCAAGAGUUUUGUCAACUGGUAUCAGCGGAAUUACCCUUACGCGUGGGCUGGUGCCCGCGUCGUCCGAGACCUCUAAAUGCCCGUGGUCAGGAUAAGAUAGGGCCGUGUUUUGGAUAAAUUCUGCAUCCAAGCAGGUUUUGCAAAAGUGCUCACAUUCGCUAGGUCUACUGUCUACUUAAAAUCAUAUUCAUCAGUCACUCUUUCUGGAAGUGUUGUAUCGUGAUUAGCACGUGCAUCCCUAUUCCUUAUACACUGUUCUAUUUUCAUAUUGAUAACCUAAGGAUGACAUGUGCUUUCGUUCAUCACCCUUGAGAACGAUAUCAUUGCUGUAACAACAAGGAUAUAUACGCUUGAAAGGGGUGCGAUGCAUCGUACGCUAACCAGUUUAGUACUAGCAUUGGC